AUGACUGGACGGCCAAAUGCUCCAUCAUCAACAUCCACUUCCACAUAUUCAUGGCUCGAGCCUCAUGAAACUGCCGAGCGAUUACGAACCUCUAUUUUACAUGGCCUGACACCCGUCGAGGCAGAGAUACGCUUAGCCAGAGAUGGACCGAACGAGCUUCCUCACGAUGAGCCGGAACCCCUCUGGCUGCGGUUCCUCAAACAAUUCAAGGAGACGCUGAUUCUCCUCCUCCUCGGCUCUGCUGGAAUCUCUUUUGUGAUGGGCAACUACGACGAUGCCAUCAGCAUUACUCUCGCAGUAACAAUUGUUGUGACUGUUGGCUUUGUUCAAGAGUAUCGGUCGGAGAAGUCGUUGGAAGCAUUGAGCCGACUUGUACCUCAUUAUGCGCAUUUGAUCCGUGAUAUUCCAACAAGUUCCUCCGCGGUGACUGAGAAUGGUGGUUCAUCGCCCCCAGGUUUCUCCAUGGAAAUGGAUGAAAUUCGGAGCAAAAGCCCAGGCUCGGCGUCUGCCGCGGUCAAGGCUUCUUCAACAGUCCCCGCGAACGAACUUGUACCCGGAGAUUUGGUUCUUUUCACUACUGGAGACCGCAUUCCCGCCGAUAUUCGAAUCACUGCUGCAACAGAUCUGAGCAUUGACGAGUCGAACUUGACUGGAGAGAACGAGCCUGUAGCGAAGUACACGGAAGCUUUGCGCACCACAUCUGGCGGGACCGCUUCAGCGCCAAAAGGAAUAGCACCCCCUCGAUCUCCCUUCUACGAUGCACCGGCAAGCGGUGCUGUUGGUGCUGACAUUCGGUUGAACGAGCAGCACAAUGUUGCGUUCAUGGGUACCCUAGUCCGCUCAGGCUAUGGUCAGGGAAUUGUUAUCUCAACCGGCGCAAAUACGGAGUUCGGCAGUAUAUCAGCUUCGCUACAAGAGAUCGAGAGCCCUCGAACACCAUUACAACUGUCCAUGGAUCGUUUGGGACAGGAGCUAAGUUAUAUAUCUUUCGGUGUCAUUGGAUUGAUCGUGGUUAUUGGUCUUAUACAAGGUCGCAAGAUUCUCGAAAUGUUCACGAUAGGUGUCUCGCUGGCCGUCGCAGCGAUCCCAGAAGGCUUGCCUAUCAUUGUUACUGUCACGCUCGCGCUCGGCGUCCUGCGCAUGGCUAAGAGGGGAGCAAUCAUGCGAAGACUGCCCAGCGUUGAAACUCUUGGCUCUGUCAAUGUCGUCUGCUCGGACAAGACUGGAACUCUUACUCUCAACCAUAUGACAGUCACCAAAAUGUGGCAUUUCGACUGCCCAGAACCAUUCGACGUGCAAAGAGAAAUGACGUCAGUUACUUCUUUUGGCCCUGCGGCGCAAACAAUCCUGCGCGUUGGUAAUAUUGCAAACAACUCUCGUUUGUCACGGAUGCACGCAAACUCGCCGGCCAGCGCAUCUUCUGCGACUGUACUUUCGUCGACCAUCAACAGUGAUUCGGCUGCUGCCAAGAGUCGAUGGGUGGGUCAGCCCACUGAUGUGGCAAUUUUGGAUCUAAUGGAUAUCCUCGGAGAAGAUGAUGUGCGCGAUCGUAUCAGCGCUCGCGUCCAUGAGACCCCAUUCAGCUCCGAGCGGAAAUGGAUGGGUGUUGUUAUCGGCGAUUCUGGUGGUUCAAAUGGAGGUCCCCAUGUUGCCUAUAUUAAGGGUGCUCUCGAACAGGUCUUGGCGCGAUCGGAUACCUAUCUCACCAAGGAUGGUCGGGAAGUAAUUCUAGACGAGCCCCGUCGCAAGAUUAUUCGGGAAGCAGCAGAGAACAUGGCAUCGGAGGGUCUUAGAGUUCUUGCCUUUGGCAGUGGAGUUGUUCGUGAUACUUCUAGAGGUGGCAGAGGCUUUGGCAGUCGGUCGUCCCCGAAAAUCGUACAAGGUGAUGAUGACGAGCGGUACAACGGCUUAGUCUUUGCUGGAUUAGUGGGCAUGAACGACCCGCCGCGUAAAGAUGUGCACAAAUCCAUCCGACGCUUGAUGUCUGGUGGUGUCAGAGUCAUCAUGAUUACUGGCGACGCUGAGACAACAGCUGUGGCCAUUGCGAAGAAGCUUGGAAUGCCAGUUAACGAUUCCCCGCAUGCCCGUUCAGUCAUCGGAGGCGAUGAACUCGAUCGUAUGACUGCCGCUGAACUUGCCCAGGCAAUCUCAACGGUCUCGAUCUUUGCCCGUACGAGCCCAGACCACAAGAUGAAGAUUGUGACAGCACUUCAAGCCCGCGGCGAUGUAGUUGCCAUGACCGGUGAUGGUGUCAACGAUGCGCCCGCUCUGAAGAAAGCUGACAUAGGUAUUUCCAUGGGCAAGCUAGGCACCGACGUUGCCAAAGAGGCAGCGGACAUGAUUUUGACAGAUGACGAUUUCUCGACCAUCUUGCAGGCAAUCGAACAGGGCAAGGGCAUCUUCUAUAACAUCCAGAAUUUCAUUACGUUCCAGCUUAGUACCAGCGUGGCUGCACUCAGUCUUGUACUGCUGAGCACCACUCUUGGCUUCAAGAAUCCGCUGAAUGCUAUGCAGAUAUUGUGGAUCAAUAUUCUUAUGGAUGGCCCACCCGCCCAGUCCCUAGGCGUCGAGCCCGUCGACCCUACCAUCAUGAAUCGCCCGCCACGACCCAAGACGGCCCGUGUUCUGACAAAACCUCUAAUCCAGCGCGUCCUCACCUCAGCCAUGGUCAUCAUGGUUGGCACGUUGUCAAUCUACAUCCAAGAAAUGGGCGAUAUCACCGACGGUAACCCAGUCGAAAAGCGCUCCCGCGUCGUCACCGCGCACGACACCACCAUGACAUUCACCUGCUUCGUUUUAUUCGACAUGUUCAACGCAUUGACAUGCCGCAGCGAGGGCAAGUCCGUCCUACGUGGUGAAAUGCCGCUGUUUGGGAACAAGAUGUUCAAUUACGCUGUUCUUGGCUCGUUGGCCGGCCAGGCCUGCGUGAUCUACCUGCCGUUCCUGCAGCGCAUCUUCCAGACCGAGGCUCUCGCCUUCGGGUCCUUGGUCAAGCUGGUCUGCAUUGCCAGUUCGGUGUUCUGGGUGGAUGAAGGUCGCAAGUAUCUGCAUGCGAUCCGUCGUCGGCGUGGGGUGGGUUCUGGUUAUAGCGUCAAUGUCUGA